UAAUAUGUUGAAUGUAGAGAAAUAAAAUUCAAUACGUUCGUGACGCCAUCGAAUGACACGUCACCACACGGAAGAAGGUUUCAGUCCAACCUCCUGCGAUACAAGCGCCGUGGUCUUAUCAAAAUGGGUGGUUUCUUCUCCAGUAUCUUCUCAGGCUUGUUUGGUACCAGGGAGAUGAGAAUUUUGAUCCUGGGUUUGGACGGCGCAGGGAAAACAACCAUUUUGUAUCGGCUGCAGGUUGGAGAGGUUGUCACCACAAUUCCCACAAUCGGCUUCAACGUCGAAACUGUCACAUAUAAGAAUCUGAAGUUCCAGGUUUGGGAUCUGGGAGGACAGACAAGUAUCAGACCCUACUGGCGGUGUUACUACUCCAACACAGACGCAGUCAUCUACGUCGUUGACAGCAGUGACCGCGACCGAAUGGGCAUCUCAAAGUCUGAGCUUGUGGCCAUGUUGGAGGAGGAGGAGCUGAAGAAGGCCAUCCUGGUAGUGUUCGCAAACAAACAAGACAUGGACCAGGCAAUGACACCAGCCGAGGUGGCCAACGCUCUGGGUCUUUCUGCCCUCAAAGACAGGAAGUGGCAGAUCUUCAAGACGUCCGCCACCAAGGGCACAGGCCUGGAUGAAGCAAUGGAGUGGCUGGUGGAUUCGCUCAAGAGUCGGCAGUAAAAAAAGACCCACCUGUUUUGUAAAUACUCCUGAACUUUGACCCUUCUGUAUGAAGCCUUGUGACAGACCUCGCUUCAGGUCUACUUUGGCCAAACACCUUGGACUGAAAAGGCCUCAUUUAUAGUGUGUGUGUGUGUGAAGAAUUUUGAGCACAGUGCUAGGCAGGUUACAAGUGAAUCUCUCUACAUUUACUUAUUUUAAGAGAAAAGAAAUAAAUUCAGUUGCCUUCACAUGGCUUCUUUCACCUCAAGGGUCAAGUUAGUUGCGUAAAAAAAAAAAAAAAAAAUCAAGAUGAGAGACACUGAAAUUUGCAAGAAAUGCCAUGAAGCUCCACUAGGAGUCAGUGUUCUACCGUAAAUACCUACAAUACUUGUAGCCAUUACUGUGCUCAACAUUAAAGUCAGAGGCCACCGAGUGUUAAUGCGACCUGUGCUGUUUUUCUAUGAUGGAUUUGCAUAUUUUUCCCUCCAGUUUUGUGUCAUCCCCAUUUUUAGUCGUCAAAUCCGUUCUGUUGAUUGCAGCUUUGUCACAGUAGUGAAUUUACAGAACACUAACUGUAUGCUCAAAAGUUUUAUGGUUGCAUAUUUAUAUCUGCUUGUACAGUGAAGAUGAGUCACAGUAAAGACUUGAUUGUAA